AUGGUGGAGUAUGAGAAUUUGGAAGCCUGUAGUGAGAUUGUGGAGGAAAAAGAUGAACAAAAAGGAGGGUUCUUUGACUUUUUCUGGGCUCCAAUUGAUUGGUUCAAGAUGCUUGCUAAUGAGACACAUUGGAGUUUUGUAUUUGGUGUGUUGUCUGUGUAUGGUGUAAACCAAGGACUUGGUGGAGCUUUCAAUCGUGUUGGCACUGACUAUUACAUGAAGGAUGUUCAAAAGGUGCAGCCUUCUGAAUCCCAGGUUUAUCAAGGAAUCACUGCAAUUCCAUGGCUUGUCAAGCCUCUCUGGGGCCUCCUCACUGAUGUUAUUCCAAUUUUCGGGUACCGGAGGCGGCCUUAUUUCAUCUUUGCUGGAUUGCUUGGUGUGGUCUCCAUGCUCUUGUUGUCUUUUCAUGAGAACCUGCAUAUUGUAUUUGCUCUGCUGUCAUUGACAGCAGGAAGUGCUAGUGCAGCAAUAGCAGAUGUAACGAUCGAUGCCUGUGUGGCACAGAAUAGUAAUACUCGUCCAUCCCUUGCUGCUGACAUGCAAAGUUUGUGCGCUUUCAGUUCAUCCAUUGGAGCAUUAAUGGGAUUCUCGCUCAGUGGUAUUUUUGUCCACCUAAUUGGCCCUAAGGGGGUGUUCGGCUUGCUAUCAAUCCCAGCUGGACUUGUACUUUUAGUUGGAAUUUUGCUUGAUGAGCCCUUCUUGCCUGACUUCUCUUACAGACAGGUAAAACAGAAGUUUGUGGAUGCUGGUAAAGCAAUGUGGAGAACUUUGAAAUUCCCAGAUGUGUGGAGACCAUGCAUAUAUAUGUACUUAUCCCUCGCGAUGAGCGUAAAUAUCCACGAAGGGUUGUUCUACUGGUAUACAGACUCAAAGGGGGGUCCAUCUUUCUCUCAGUGUCUCUCAGAUGAUUGCAAGGCUAAAGUGGAUGCCUCUUCUUGUGCUCAGUUCCAAGCUUUGCCCCCUGGUAUUGAAGGCACUUUCUUUGCUCUACUAAUGUCAAUCGAUAACGUUGGACUUCUCUCAUCUCAAUGGGCUGGAGGCAUCGUUCUUCAUUUUCUGAACGUCACUCGGACUAGAUUCGAUAAUCUCUGGCUUGCCAUCAUUACCCGGAACAUAUUGCGGGUCACUCCACUUUUUCUACUGUUUCUGAUUCCUAGAGGUGAUCCCAAUGCUUCAAUACUUCCAACUGAAAUCUUAGGUGAAAAACAGACGGCUGAAACUCCCGAAAACAAGAAUAUCGAAUUGGUGUCCCUUGUAAGCAGUGAUGAUGGUAAAUAG